ACCACUAAGCAAACAGUUGGAGUCAUCUCCUUGCUCAGUAGCUGCCACCACUUGUGGAAUCCGGUAAUACUUCUCGAAAUUUGUGCUCCACUUUGGUUUUUUUGUGAGUGACGAAAAAGUGGCCCAGCUGACUUGUAGGGGACAUUCAACAUCUUACGGAAGAUUAAGGUCGGAGUGACUCUGCAAAGGUCAAGGUUAGCAACAGAAUCGAUGGAACGCGAUGUUGAUCUGUCAAGGACUCUCCUGUAUGCCGCCGCCAGCAUUUCAAUCCAGGCGUCUCUCCUCGCCGUCGUCUACUUCAAAUUCAUGUACGACUCGGAAUUCAUUCCAAUGCCUAACAUCCGAAUGAAGCAUAUUUACAACACCCUUAUAAUGAUAGCCAUUAUCUUCAUCAUUUUAUACGACAGACCUGCGAACACCAUCAACCGAAUUUCCAAAAUGAUUCGACAACUUGUCGAUUCGGCUAGGACAUCGGCAGUCGACCAACCAAUGAAAAACACGACUGAGGCACCAAUAACAUAAAGGGAGUGCUACCCUGCGUCUUUACGUCGCUGGUCUACGAUACAAAUAUAUGUGAAAUCCCAUUGCUGUUGUGAGAAAGUAUUUUGGUCUAUUCAAGAAUAAAAUCAAUAUGAAUUAAG